UCAAGCGGAUGUUCCGCCGUUUCCUUCCGGUUUCUCUCAGUGGACUUAGGACCGAUUUCCACGAGGAUCUCCGCGCCCGGAACUGCUGCUGCUGCUUUGGGCUGUGAAUCAUGCUACUUCUGCCUCUGGCACUUCUCUUGCUUUCUGGUCUGGCUUCUCCCGUAGAAGUGAAGCGUCCACGAGGCGUCUCCCUAACGAACCAUCACUUUUAUGAUGAAUUAAAGCCAUUCACUUGUCUAGAUGGCUCUGCUACGAUAGCCUUUGACAGAGUCAAUGAUGAUUACUGUGACUGCAGAGAUGGCUCAGAUGAGCCAGGGACUGCUGCAUGCCCCAAUGGCCACUUCCACUGCUCCAAUGCUGGCUACCGCCCACAGUACAUCCCCUCCUCUCGCAUCAAUGAUGGCAUUUGCGAUUGCUGUGAUGCAACAGAUGAGUACAACAGUGGCAUUGUGUGUGAAAACACCUGCAAAGAGAUGGGGCGAAAGGAACGGGAGGAAUUAAAGCAGAAGGCUGAGGUGGCCAGAGAAGGCUUUGAAAUCAAGAAGGCCCUGGUGGAAGAAGCAAGUAAGAGAAAGGAAGAGAAACAGAAAAAGCUAACUGAGCUACAGGAGGGCAAGAAGUCUGUGGAGGAGCAAGUGGAGACUCUGAAGUCAUUGAAGGAAGCGGCUGAAAAGCCUGAAAAGGAAGCUAAAGAGAUCCACCAGAAAGCCUGGGAGGAACAGAAAGCUGCUGAAAGAGCAGCAAGAGAUAAGGCGAAAGCAGAAGAGGCUUUUCAAGAGCUGGAUGAUGAUGUCGAUGGAACGGUGUCCAUUGCUGAGCUUCAGACACACCCUGAGCUGGAUGUGGACGGUGAUGGGAUCCUGUCGGAAACGGAAGCCCAGACCUUGCUGGACGACACCUUGCAAGUGGAUGUGGAUGCUUUCCAGCACACUGUGUGGGCAGCCAUCAAGGAGAAGUACAGAGCAGAGAGCUUGCCUGAUGUACAGCCUCCACCAAAGGCUCCAGUAGAGGAAGAUCCAGAUAAUCAGCCUGAUGCCCAGGUGGACCAGUUACCUCCUGAUGAAGACUAUGAUGAAGAGGAUGAUGAAGAGGAAGACACUGAUGAAGAUGGUGUUGAUGAGCAGGUGAAGGUCCCCCCACCCAAGCCAUCGUCUGAUACUAAGACAGCAGAGGAUGAAGGGGAGAAGAUGCCCCCUUACGACGAAGCGACGCAAGCUCUAAUUGAAGCUGCCCAAAAGGCCCGGGACCAAUUUGAAGAAGUAGAGAAAUCCCUGAAAGAAAUGGAGGAAUCUAUCAGGAGCCUGGAGAAAGAGAUCACCUUUGAUUUUGGACCUCACGGAGAAUUUUCUUAUCUCUAUGGCCAGUGCUAUGAACUUGCCACUAAUGAAUACAUCUAUCGUCUCUGUCCAUUUAAUAGAGUGUCUCAGAAACCCAAGCACGGCGGCUCGGAGACCAACCUUGGCACAUGGGGUUCCUGGACUGGCCCAGAUGAUAACAAAUUCAGCAUCAUGAAAUAUGAACACGGCACGGGCUGCUGGCAGGGCCCCAACCGAUCCACCACGGUGAAGCUUUCAUGUGGCAAAGAGACGGUGGUCGUGUCCACAGCAGAGCCCAGCCGCUGUGAGUACUUAAUGGAGUUUGUCACCCCAGCAGCCUGCUAUGAGCCAAAAGACCUCAAUCACGACGAACUCUGAAAGCAGAUGCACCCAAGAGCCAUUGCCAGUGGAGCCAGGUUCUAAUCCACAUGAUUCCAAGAAACAUUACAGAAUCCAUCACACCUCCUGCCCCAAAGCCCACCCUCACGGACUUCCCACAUGGAUCCAUCUACUAGUGCUGCUCUGCCCCAGUGGACCUUGGGGCUUUUAAAUACUUGUUUUCCCCCUGCCAAGUACUGGGACUUGAUUCUGUCUUCUCCCCAGACGCAAACCCAUGGCUUUCAGGGAAGCAGCUGCCCGACCAUGCACAGCACAUAGGACUGCACAGCCGCCUGGUCCUUUAUCCUGCUGGGGGAAGGCGUCUUCUGACCCUUACUAUCACUCCUUUGGGUGGGAGGGGGUGCAGUGACCCCAGGCCAGCUGCCUGAACCGCUUUCUCCUUCCUGUUGGGCCUCUUUUGUUCUGAGCCAGAUUUCCACUCGGUCUGAGACUUUGCACAGGUGAAGGAAGGAGACUGGGAAAAGAGCCUGUGCCAAGCUUGUCUCCCGCAUUGCAGCCUGUGUGUUUUUUUUUUUAAAAAAAAAUCUGCUGUUUGGUGUUGAUCUCUUAUUGGGGAAAAACGCAUUCUCUUCCAAUAAACAUCCAUCUCCCAUCUCU